AUGGUGCAAGGUAAGAACACUAGUGGGUUCGAUUGGAAUGAUCAAAAGCACAUGGUGUAUGCUGAAGAUGCAAUUUGGGAGUCAUACUUAAUUAGUCAAAAAGAAGCUGCCCCUUUUAGAACAAGAAGCUUUAGGUUUUAUAAUGAGUUAUCUGCAAUAUAUUCUAAAGAUCGUGCAACUGGAAAAGAUGCACAGACAGCAGAUGACGUAGUUGAAGAAAUACAAGAUGAAGAACAUAAUGAUAUAAGAGCUGACACAGAAGAUAAUGCAUUUGUUGGUUUGGAUGAUAUUGAUUUAACGAGUACACAACCUGAGCCACAAAAUGAUGGUAGAAAAAGAAGCAAUUCAAGUAAAAGAAAGAGGAGCCAUGAUGAAGCAAUACAAUGUCAGUGGUUGAAGCUUGAACGUGCAUUAAAAGAGGUUGAUGGUUUGGACCUUGUUUCGUUUAAGCUCACUGAUCAUCCUAAUAAAGUAGCUUUCUUUCUCAGUCUUGAUCCUGAUCGAAGACUACAAUGGAUCAGAAGAUUCCUUGCUAUCAAUUAA